UAAGGAUUUUCUUCUAGAGGAUGACUUCCAGAUUCCUUACCUCCCCCUUCCCGUACGGCCAAGUAAGGUGGUUGACGAUGAAGGAUUUGGGGUACAAAUCUCGUAGACACUGCGUGACAUAUGUCCCCACGCCGGAACCAGUCCCACCCGCCACACUCAUCACAGGCAUGAAUCCGCUCAAUCUGUCACAGCGUUCCACUUCUCUUCUCAUAAGGUUUUCCACCAUUUCUCUGUGACGAGGGCCUUGAACACAAUAACUGGAGACAUGUCUGUCUUAGCUUUAUAAUAUGCAUUGAAUGGCAUUUAUUCUACAGGAAUCACACCCGUUCGCCCAGUUGUUUCCACAUCCUUGUCGCUGGUUGAAGCUUGAAGCGUCAUCAUAUUUCCACUUCCCGCAUCUUGCAGACUUGCUGAAGUUCUGUUUGAUGACUUUUGGCUCCAUGUCGAUGAGCACUGCCCUGGCAAGAAAGUCUACACAGAGAUCGUCUAUGUGUGACAGUGCUUGCUCUGAUUAUUAUUAUUAUUAUUAUAUAUUAGAAGACAGUGUUACGGUACCUCCAUGUUUAGUUUGAUGGAAGAAGCGCUCACAGCUAGCUGUGCAAUAUGUUUUCCUCUCUCCUCCCUGGGCGUCAUUGUAAAGGAUGUCAAACAGCUCCAAACCGAUCUGGUUGCCGCACUGACCCAACUGGACCGCCACCACUGACAUUUGUCCCACGUAAAGUAUAAGAACUAUUUCUUACUCUUACAUUUAGUUACCGAGUAACAACUUAAGUAUCGGAUAAUCCACGCAGAAAUACCAUUUGAAGCAACUUCUUCUUCUUCUUCUUUUAAAUUGGUAGUUAGCAAGUGUGCAUCACCGCCACCUUCUGAAGGAGUGUGGCUCAAGAUGCUAAUCCUAAAGUCUAAUCUUAAUUAACUUAUUAAUUCGUUUAUUGGUUGUUUUAAUUUUCACAGCAAACUCAGACUCUAAAAUACAAAAAUUGUACAAGAAUUAAGAAAUAUUUUUUUUAUUGUUUUGUGACCAAAAAAAACAGGUUACCGCCCCUUUCGAGGAGUACUGCUCUGCGCAUGCUCAGUGUAGUAGCCGGUUAUGGCGGCGGUGUGUGUUUGUCCAUGAGGUGGGGGACGCUUGUAAUUCUUGCGGUCUGUGACAGAGCGAACCGAGCGAAGCGCUGCCAUGGCUGGUGUGUUUGACAUUGAUUUGGACCAGCCGGAAGAAAAUGUUUCCGAUGAUGAGACUGACGAGGCACAAAUCAAUGACAUCAUGGACCAGUGCAGUGGAUUUGACUUCAACAUGGAAGGUUGUGAGAAGAUUGAGAUAUCAGAAGACAAUGUCAAUCAGGGGACGGAAAACAUUAGACCGGAGUGUUUUGAACUCCUAAGAGUUUUGGGGAAAGGGGGCUAUGGAAAGGUUUUUCAAGUUCGAAAAGUAGUAGGAGCUGCUUCGGGCAAAAUAUUUGCUAUGAAAGUCUUAAAAAAGGCAAUGAUUGUACGUAACGCCAAGGACACCGCCCACACCAAGGCAGAAAGGAACAUCCUGGAGGAGGUGAAGCAUCCUUUCAUUGUUGAUCUCAUCUACGCCUUUCAGACAGGCGGAAAGCUGUACCUCAUCCUGGAGUAUCUCAGCGGUGGAGAACUCUUCAUGCAGUUGGAGAGGGAAGGCAUUUUUAUGGAAGACACAGCCUGUUUCUACCUAGCAGAGAUUUCCAUGGCGCUGGGUCACCUCCACCAAAAGGGCAUCAUCUACAGAGACCUAAAGCCUGAGAACAUCAUGCUGAACAGCCAAGGUCAUGUCAAGUUGACAGAUUUCGGUCUGUGUAAAGAGUCCAUUCACGACGGUACAGUCACCCACACAUUCUGCGGCACCAUUGAAUACAUGGCGCCAGAGAUUUUAAUGCGAAGCGGACAUAACAGAGCAGUGGACUGGUGGAGUCUGGGCGCCCUAAUGUACGACAUGCUCACUGGGGCGCCGCCGUUCACAGGUGAAAACCGGAAAAAGACCAUCGACAAGAUCUUGAAGUGCAAACUCAGCCUCCCACCCUACCUCACACAAGAAGCUCGAGACCUCCUUAAACGCUUGCUGAAGAGAAACGCCUCGUCUCGGUUGGGAGCGGGUGUGGGAGAUGCCACAGAGGUGCAGGCACAUCCCUUCUUCCGACACAUCAACUGGGAGGAUUUACUGGCUCGUAAAGUGGAGCCUCCCUUCAAACCUUUCUUGCAAUCAGCGGAAGACGUGAGUCAGUUUGACUCGAAAUUCACCAGUCAGACGCCGAUCGACAGCCCAGAUGACUCAACGCUUAGCGAGAGUGCCAAUCAAGCUUUCCUGGGGUUCACCUAUGUGGCGCCAUCAGUCCUGGAAAAUAUCAAAGAAAAGUUCUCAUUCGAGCCAAAAAUCCGUUCACCUCGACGAUUCAUCGGUAGCCCAAGAACCCCUCUAAGCCCGGUCAAAUUCUCAGGAGGGGACUGCUGGCCCCGGAGCACCCUCCUCCCCGGCGGAGGGCCGAGCCUCCUCCAGUCUCCUCAGGAACAGGCAAUGGAACUAUCUACACCUGAGCAGAUGGACGUGACCACCAACUCAGAAGCUUCCGCCCCUCUCCCUAUUCGUCAGCCUGCCGGGGUCAACCUGGCUCAGAUGAAGCAGCAAGCGUACCCCGUUGUGGCCAAAAGGCCCGAUCAUUUACGUAUGAACCUAUGACCCUGCUUCUUCAAAAGUGUCUGACUUUCUUUUCUUUUUUUUUUUUUUUUGUUGAUAUAUUUUUUAAAGAAUCAUAAAGGUAUGGAUGCUUAGAGACAAUGUCAAUCAUCCACAAACUACAGAUGCCCGAUGCAGUUCAUUCAGUGUUACCACAACAUUUCAUCGCCAACACCUCAGGUAUGACCUUUAACCUCCCACCACCACCACCACCACCACAAAGAAGACUGGAGAUGUUUUUUUUUUUUUUUUUUCUUUUUUUUUUGAGGAGCAACAGCAAAGAGAUUUAAUGCAAUCUACUGUACAAGUGUUUCAGUGAUGCCUCCUGGUUCAAUGAAUUAGGUAUAUUAUAGACAACAGAUCAAUCAAGUAUUGACUGUAGCUUUUGCGUUAUGCAUCGAUUAAGAAUCAGAGAGCCUCAGAAAUACAUCACACAUACAUCAUGUUGACUUUAGUCCGUGUUAUAGAUGACUUCGGCUUGGAGGCUUAUCCAUUUAUCCGCUCUUCGAAUUGGAUUAUUAAUACAUCAUCAAUACACCAUCGGUCUCUUCUCCCAGCGCGACCAGUUGAUCUGGAGUUUGAAUGCUCAAAAGAAAGAAAAAAAACACAUGGGGCUGUUUUAAAAUUCCUGCUUAACAAGGGGAAAAAAUUAUAAUAAAACAAAAAAAUACUGUUUUUGUA